GAGUUAUGACUGACAUUUGCUCAACCAGCAGCUGACGAUCACAGCUGAAUCCUCAUAUGAAGUCAAAAAUAUAAGCCAUUGUUUACAAACAAUAAUGGUCAGAUAACGGAAACUGUUACUGCCGCUAUUAUAUAACUAAUAGUAAUACUUCAGAUUGCCUAGCUGAGUGAAUAAUCUGACAUCCGUAAUCCGUACUAGUGGGGGCACGACGACGAGGGAUGGAGUCCGAGCUGGCCAAGUUUCGCCGAAGGAAAGAGCUGGAGAGGACCAAGGACGAGAUGAAGGAAAAGGUCCAUGGGGUUUGGAGUUCGUUCUCACAACGCCUCACCAACGCCGUCCUGCCUUCAGCCGACACAGCCGGCGAGGAAUACCGUGGCGACGAAGACGACGGGAUGGAGGAGGACCACAUCUCACCUCCAUUCCAGUGGCUGAGACGAUUGUGUCUGGGGUUGACCUGGCUGCUCUUUUUCGUCGCCUUCCUCAAGCUGGAGUUUGGAGCCGUCUUCUUCACCGCCUCCCUCCUCGCCCUCAUCUACUGGAACACGCGGACGGGAGGGCGAAGGUCGGGCGAAAUUAGCGCCUACUCCGUCUUCAAUAAGGGCUGCGAGUCCAUCGAUGGCACCCUCAAGUCCGAACAUCUCGAAAAACAGUUGCUGUACAGGGCCAGCUAACUACAUGGGAACACUUUCUCCAAGAAAAGAGUUGGAGGGGGUUGUUCAUCCACGUGUAAAUGUUAAAAUUAUAAAUCCAUUAUAUUUUUAUGCGCACCACAAUUACGCAUAACAGUUCAUUUAUCAAGUUAUUCUUUUAUUAAAAAUUACUAAGCUUUCGACAGUUAAAUUUAUAAAAUAGUCACACUAAUCCAAAGUAGUCACAAAUGUACAUGCAAAUUAUUUUUUUGCUUAUAGCAAAUGAAACGUUACUUGUAAUUCAUAAAUCGAGCAAUUAUGUAUGUACAUAUUUAUAUUUGUCAAACAAUCCUGCACAUUCAACUAAAAAGGCAGACAAAAUAAAUAAGUGAAACAUGCCUAAUAAAACAAGAAGGUCGAAAUCAAAUGAUACUAAUAGUAUCAUAUAUUAUAUAUAUUUAUACAUGAUGUACCUGAGGAAGCGGAGUUUGUUAUCGGUCAGUCAAUAGUAAUAAAUCAUGGGAGUUGUCUCAAAUACACGAUGAUUGCAAGAAUUAUUUUAUAUUUUAAAUAAUGUCAAUUUAUGUAAAAAAAAUAACUUUUAAGGGGCCGAAUAGUGAUCUUGACUAAUUGUCCAAAGUAUUUAAUGGUUUUCCCAACCCAUCAACAUCGGAUUUUUCCUCUACUGCCCACUACGGAUAAGUGUAUUGUAUAUUUUAGUGUUUGUGUUUAAUAAACAACUUUGAUAAUA